AUGUUUCAACCGCAGAACAGGCUGUACAACGACCCACUUGUGUCGAGGUUCAUUCCAGAGUUGGAGGCGAGACGUCUUGUGCCUGCGAUCCCUACGUUCUAUAGCAGAAACCCAUACCACGAGAUGCACAUGAGCAAGGUGCAGGACUUGUUAAACAAGAACGCAACGUUGCCGUUCGACAGAAGGACGUCCACGGGCUCGUGGUUGAGAUUCAACCAGUACAAGGAGAGAGCUGGCGGUGAGUUGCUCAAGGAGACGGAGUACCUGCAGCUCGUGAAUGUGCUCAAGAGAUUGGAUGCCAUUGACGUGGAGUUGAGGUCGGACGAGUUGAAUAGUGUGUUGGCGGAAUACAUGAGAAAGCAGAACGUGAACCAAGCCGCCAGCGAUCUGAAGACGCUCGACGACAAGGGCCGUGCUGUUGCGGUUGGACGCAGAAAGGCGUCGAGCGCCAAGAUCUACGUUGUCGAAGGCGACGGGCAGGUGAUGGUGAACGGCAAGUCUCUCGAGAUAGUGUUCCCGAAGGAGCAGGACAGAAUGAAGCUGCUCUACCCGCUGCAGAUUGUCGAGAGCGAGAGCAAGUUCAACAUCUUUGGUCUUGUCAGAGGCGGUGGCUCUACGGGUCAGAUCGAGGCGCUCCAGUUGGCUCUCGCCAAGUCCUUGUGCAUCCACAACCCCUUGUACAAGCAGAGAUUGAGUGCGGCCGGGGUCCUCCACAGAGACCCUAGAUCGGUCGAAAGAAAGAAGCCAGGUAAGAAGAAGGCCAGAAAGAUGCCUACCUGGGUCAAGCGUUGA